GUCUUUGUCCCUCCUCUUAACAUACUUGCAGCUAAAACUAAAUAUUGCUGCUUGGGGACCUCCUUCUAGCCUUAAAUUUCAGCUCAUCAUCUUCACCUGCCUUGGUCAUGGCUCUGCUAUUCUCCUUGAUCCUUGCCAUUUGCACCAGACCUGGAUUCCUAGCGUCUCCAUCUGGAGUGCGGCUGGUGGGGGGCCUCCACCGCUGUGAAGGGCGGGUGGAGGUGGAACAGAAAGGCCAGUGGGGCACCGUGUGUGAUGACGGCUGGGACAUUAAGGACGUAGCUGUGGUGUGCCGGGAGCUGGGCUGUGGAGCUGCCAGCGGAACCCCCAGUGGUAUUUUGUAUGAGCCACCAGCAGAAAAAGAGCAAAAGGUCCUCAUCCAAUCGGUCAGUUGCACAGGAACAGAAGAUACAUUGGCUCAGUGUGAGCAAGAAGAAGUUUAUGAUUGUUCACAUGAUGAAGAUGCUGGGGCAUCGUGUGAGAACCCAGAGAGCUCUUUCUCCCCAGUCCCAGAGGGUGUCAGGCUGGCUGACGGCCCUGGGCAUUGCAAGGGACGCGUGGAAGUGAAGCACCAGAACCAGUGGUAUACCGUGUGCCAGACAGGCUGGAGCCUCCGGGCCGCAAAGGUGGUGUGCCGGCAGCUGGGAUGUGGGAGGGCUGUACUGACUCAAAAACGCUGCAACAAGCAUGCCUAUGGCCGAAAACCCAUCUGGCUGAGCCACAUGUCAUGCUCAGGACGAGAAGCAACCCUUCAGGAUUGCCCUUCUGGGCCUUGGGGGAAGAACACCUGCAACCAUGAUGAAGACACGUGGGUCGAAUGUGAAGAUCCCUUUGACUUGAGACUAGUAGGAGGAGACAACCUCUGCUGUGGGCGACUGGAGGUGCUGCACAAGGGCGUAUGGGGCUCUGUCUGUGAUGACAAUUGGGGAGAAAAGGAGGACCAGGUGGUAUGCAAGCAACUGGGCUGUGGGAAGUCCCUCUCUCCCUCCUUCAGAAACCGGAAAUGCUAUGGCCCUGGGGUUGGCCGCAUCUGGCUGGAUAAUGUUCGUUGCUCAGGGGAGGAGCAGUCCCUGGAGCAGUGCCAGCACAGAUUUUGGGGGUUUCACGACUGCACCCACCAGGAAGAUGUGGCUGUCUUCUGCUCAGGAUAGUAUCCUGGUGUUCUUGAUGCUUGACUUGGCCCCACUGGCCCUGCCUGCCCUCUGCUUGUCCUCCUGAGCCCUGAUUAUCCUCAUACUCAUUCUGGGGCUCAGGCUUGAGCCACUACUCCCUCAUCCCCUCAGGAGUCUGAACACUGGGCUUAUGCCUUACUCUCAGGGACAAGCAGCCCCCAUUGCUGCCUGUAGAUGUGAGCUGUUGAGUUCCCGCUUGCUGGGGAAGAUGAGCUUCCAUGUAUCCUGUGCUCAACCCUGACCCUUUGACACUGGUUCUGGCCUUUCCUGCCUCUUCUCAAGCUGCCUGGAAUCCUCAGGCCUGUCACUUUGAUCAGAUGUGCAGACCAUUACUAAGGCAAGAUCUAUGUCUGCAAACAUUAAAGGAAUGAAACAAUGAAAGGAACAUUUGAAAGAAAAUGUGGGUAGACAAUUUCUUGCAAAUUGGGGGAAAGUUUAGAAUUCUUUUGAUUGCACUACUUUUUUUUUUCCUCAAGCUUCAGGUGACCACAAUAGCAACACUUCACUAUUCUGUUAUUUCUUAGUCUAGGUAGACAAGUCUUUCAGGAGCAGAGCAGUGUCCUAUAAUCCUAGACCUUUUCAUGACCCUUAAAAAAUGAUGUUUCAUCCUCUGAUUGCCCCAAUAAAAAUCUUUGUUGUCCAUCCCUAUACAACAUGCCAA